GUGGGACUCCCGCCCCCGUCUGACAUAAAAUAGGAGGAUGCCCACCCUCCUUCUUGGCGACACGGGAAGCGAUGCCCUUCUGCCUGGCUUGGUGGGAACCCAGCCCCUCCUGUCCCCACGACAGGGAGAAAUGCAGAUUGUCUGAGACACAGGCUUGGGGAGUUCCCACUCGUGCUGCACCCCUGCCCCGGGUGGUGACCCCUCCCCACUCCAGUGUGGCCCGCAGACCAGCCUGGGAGAGGUGGUCCGGGUCCAGGGCCUGCAGGCUUUCUUCGUCUCUGGCUUCUUCACAUCUCAGGCAUUGCCAGCCAGGUCCCAGCAACCCCAGGGGCUGGAAGACCACCCUGACUCUCCAUUCUCUUCCGCCUUGCCCUCCCUCUGCUCUCCUGAGGACCACCAGGGAGGCCCUGAUGCAGACAGACAUAGACGACACCAUAGAGCCCAUACUCUCUAGAGACCGUCCCUUCCCAGAUAAGGAAAUUCAGCCAAAGACAAGCAAAGUGACCGUGCAAGGUCAUUCAGCUAACAAGAAAUGCCAAGGUUCAACGCCAGGCAAGGCUGGAGCUGGCCGCACCUGCCAAGGACCCAAAGCCCAACAGAGGUGUCCAGGGGGAGCGCACUGUCCCCCACAACCUCCAUCAGCGUCCACAAGCAUCCCCAGCCAAACAUGGAAGAAAAAUCGUGGUGUCACUUACUAUGCGGCUCCAGGACAAGUCCUCCAGGAACCGCCCGCCCCCCGCCCCCCAAAACAGACCGCAGCUCCGGAGCCCCCCCAGCUCGCCCCACUAGGGGUCCUCUCGGUUGUCGCAAGGGUUCUGGCAAAGGAGACCUACACGGAAGGAGGAGGCAGGCUACGGAUGAGAAACUGAGGCAGGGCCGCCCGGGGGGGGGGGGGGGGGGGAGGGUGGAGGAUGGGGGAGAGACGGGAUCGAUCCGCAGCUCGUUUACUCGGCGCUCUCCCUUCCCCGCCCCAUCCCCGCAAGACCCCGGUCGCCAGGCCCGGCUGGGAGCCGGGUGGAGCGGGUGGGGGAGGAAAUGUUUAGGUGGAGCUCGAGGGGCCUCACCCCACGGCCCGCGUCGGGGGCGCACGGGGCCCCGGCGUGCCCCAGCCUGGGCCCCCGGAGGUCUCCCAGCCGCUGGGGAGGGAGAUCCCUCCACCCCGGCACCCUCCGUCCCGGGGCGGGACCAGGGGGCGGGGCGGGCCGGUGACCGGCCGUGACGCGGGCCCCGCCCGCUCAUAUAGAGGCGCCCCGGGGCGCAGGGACCUUGCUUCGCCGCCGCCGCCGCCGCCGCCGCCGCCGCCGCCG